CGAGGCUUGUGAGAUGUCACGAUACUUGACGAAAGUGAAAGGAUAGACUACCCUACUGAAAUUGUUGAAAAUCUGCAUUAAUUUGGUGACACCGAAAACAUUUUAAAAUGAGCGACGAAGAGGUCGAGGUAUGUCAGAGGCAGGAUUCGCUUUUUGAUGUUGAAAGGCCAUUGGAUGUAGAUGGGAAAGAUAUUGAGCUGUUCUUGAAUGGUCACCAGAUCUGUGUUGAACUCUCAAAAGGAGCUGAUGGGUUUGGCUUAACUCUAGAAGGAGGGGCAGACAGACCUUUGUAUAGCAAAGAUGAUGGAAUUUUUAUCACGAGUAUUCGAAAAGGAUCAAAUGCUGACAAGCUUGAUUGUCUAGAAGUAGGAGACAAAGUGCUAGAGGUUAAUAGCACAAAUUUGGAAAAGAUGAAACAUGCAGAUGCUGUAGAACUUUUUAGAUCAAGCAAAAAAGUAAGAUUAGUAAUACACAAACACAUUGGGUGCAUUUUGCAAGCUACUGAGUUAUCAAGCAGUCGGGAAAGCAUGGACUCACCGUCAGAAGAUCCUAGAGACUUAAAGGAUUUUUCUCCUGUUGGUUUUGUUAUUGGUAUAGCUGUGGGAUGUUUUGUUGUUUUCGCUGUGAGAAGGUAUUUAUUAAAACGAUGAAAAAGGUUGAUCAUUACGUUUUUAGCAGGGAUGUUGUCGGUUUGAACUUAUUUGCAAUUUAGGUUAGUGAAAUAAGCGAUGAAGCAUGCGUCUCUGUUGCUGUAAUUUCGAUGUAUAUAGAGAUCCACAUAGAAACGAGACAAUCCUCCUUUUCAAUUGAUCAGAAUAAGAACUAAAUUGUAAAUUUUACGGAUGUUAAAUUUAUCAAUCCCUCCUUUAUAGUUGCUAACAGAGUGCUGAAUUCCAUUUUCUUUUUUUGAAACGAUCAUUCAUUAACCCCCGUUUUUUUCUUUAAAACAUACCUGAAUAUUUUGCGAAAUGGCCAUCUGUUUACAAAUAUUCUUGGACUGAACAUUCAAGGUUGCUAAUUACUGUGAAAGGAAGCCAUAAUAAUUGGUAAAAUACAUCGUCAAUUAUCGGAUGUUUAGAUAGGUAACGACCGCGAUUCGUUGUUUCUCACAAAGUUGAAUUGCAUUCUGUCAAAGUACCUGAUACCUGCAACUGUGCAAUGGAAACAAUGACAACAUAUUUUCAAGGUUUAAUUUCUACAUUGGUAAAUCUUUGUGCAUGUAUCCAAGUCUCCUUUUGCUUGUAAUAGCAAAUAGCCCUACACGUAAAUUCGCUUUCAGUCUUUUCACGUUCUAUGUUCUAUGAAAUCUUUCCGAACGAAAAAGACCGAAACACAAUAGAAUUAUAGUUUGGUAUCACUUUAGAAUCAACUAUGUAUUCCAACUAAAGGCUUGCCAUAUUUAAAGACGAUAUUUCUAUGGUAUAUAGUUUGAUAUUAGAUGUUUGGUAUAAAUAGAUCAAUAUCUCUCUCUUGGGACUGCCAUAAUUCGACAAAUUAAUGGAUUCAUCUCCAGGGACGAUUGCGUAAAGGAUGCGCCCAACGUCUUGGUAUAAUGUUAAUUUAUUCCGGAAUAAAUUUAACGAGAAAACUUUUCUUUCAGUGCCGUUGAUAGCCUAUCCCGACUUUUAUUUAUAUCCCCUCUCAUCUUAGUUCAUUAGUUGCCGAAUUAACGAAUUGUUUGAUAGAGAAAAAUAAUCAAGCAUAUAUCCAAAUCCACACUGGGCAUAACCCAAAAAUCGUGUUUGCUCCACGUUUAGAGGUAUGCAUGGUAUUUGAUAAGUUUCUGCCAAUAAUUGCAUCUAAAUUCACGCCAAAUUUGAAAAUGGCUUUGAAAAUAACAAACAUUUUAAAACAUACUUAGGCAUUUCAUCUGACCAACGUCAGAUUAUAGAAUGUCAGAACAUGGAUUGAAAACUCUACAAACUUAUUCAUACCUAUCUGUUUUUUGAAAAUCUUAAGGCAGGUUCAUGUUAAAUUUGAAUGUCUUCUAUGUUUGUGCGCAGAAUUUUAAGCUUUUCGUCCUUGUAACACCUAAAGUGCUGUCAGAAGUAAUCUGGUUAGUUUCAUGUUGUUUUUUCUUGCUGUAGCAAAUUCAUGUGCUGUACAUUAAGGCUCUAGGCGUUCAGAUGCCAUUCUGUCAAUAUUAAUUUAAGCGUUUUUUGGUAAUGCCUUCUUUUGCAAAGUCGUAACUGUUUUUCAGACUUCGUACUUCGUCUAUUUUUAUAAUCAUUGCAAUUUCAUUUUGACUUGUCAUGUUUAGGUGUCUUAGAUAAUUAUCAAUGAUUACACACAA